CCGCUUCCGGCGGUGGGGGCCGCCAUGUCGGCGGCGGCCGGAUGUUGAUGCCGGGAAGGAGCCAUGGCGGCGGCGCGGCCCGGCGAGAGGCAGCGGCGAGUGCAGGAGUUGAGCGCGGCGCUGCGGGGCCGCCUGGGGCCCUACGAGCGGCUGCUGAGCGCCGCGCAGGCCGCGCUGGUGUGGGAGCGGCCGGGCCGCAGCGCGCUGUGGUGGGCGGCGGCGCACGGCCUCUUCUGGUUCUUUGCUCUGACUUCUCUUCGAUUAGUGUUCCUGGUUGCACUUACUCUUAUAGUAGUAGUUUGUCUAGAUCAGUGGAAGAACAAAAUAUGGCCUGAAAUUGGAGUGGCAAGACCUGACGAAUUAGACAAUGAGAGCUGGGGAUAUGUCCACCCUCGGCUGCUCGGAGUGCCAGAACUGUGUCACCAUUUGGCUGAAGGAUGGGUAUCUUGGACCAACUUCUUAAGUAAUCUCUUUGUUUUCAAGAGGCAAAGCCCUGGCAAGUUUUGCCUUCUAGUAUGUGGAGUCUUUACUUUCCUGGCUGUUCUGGGCCGGUAUAUCCCUGGACUCCUGCUCUCAUACUUGCUGUUGCUCUUCAUCCUGCUGUGGCCCCUUGCUGUGUACCACAGGCUGGGGCACCGCAUGUACAUGAAGUUAGAGCCAGCUCUGCAGCGGCUGGACUUCAGUGUUCGAGGCUACAUGAUAUCAAAGCAGAGGGAAAAGCAACUACGUCGCCGAUCCAUUAAUCAGGAGGGUACAGAUGAUGGGAGUGACAGUGAAGAGGAGCUUGCUGCUUUCUGUCCCAAGCUGGAUGACUCUGUGGUUGCCAAGGAACUAACCAUCUCUGACUCGGAACAUUCAGAUGCUGAGGUUUCAUACACUGAAAAUGGGAUGUUUAACCUUUCAAGGGGUCAGACUCCACUGACGGAGGGAUCAGAAGACCUGGAUGGUCACAGUGACCCAGAAGAAUCUUUUGCUAGGGAUCUCCCUGACUUCCCUUCCAUAAACCCAGAAGUAACUGGCCUAGAUGAUGAAGAUGACACCAGCAUUGGGAUCCCAAGUCUGGCUUAUCGCCCACAAGUAACAGAAGAUGUACAUCUCCCUUAUUAUCAGGAAGAAGCUGGUGUACUGCCAUCUGUACAGAACCUUACCAACAAUAUAGCUGGGUUUGUCACCAGAGGGAUGAUACAACUUGCACUGUCAGGAGCCACUCAGCCAGGCUCCUCACGCAGUGACAAUCUCCACAGAGAUGCAAAGACUUACCUUAGGACGGCCAGCUUGGACUUGGACACUGAUGUGGAAGGGGAUGACUUUGAACUUCUGGAUCAGUCUGAGCUGAACCAGCUGGAUCCUGCUGGCUCACGGGGCCAAUAAGCAAUCACAUCACUUCCCUUCUGGUUUUCUGUUGUGCAUCAUGGAGGGGAAUCCUGGAAGGAAAAAGCAUUGCACAGUUACCUAGAUUGUCUCUUGUGUGCGUAUGAGUGAUAAUACAACCAGUCCUGGCUGAGAAGUCAACUGACCUGUGACUCUGUAGCUUCGCUUGGAUUUUUAAAAUAAACUAUGUUAGUAAUUCAGAGGGAAAAGGCAUUGAUGUGAUUGCUCCACAAUCACUCAUGUGUUUCCCUGCCAGGAUGCUGCUUGCUCCAAAUUUCCUCACCUACGACAAUUAGUCUGGUGUCUGCAGCUCCAGAGACCACUAAUCAGACUGACUUAGCAUCACCGAGAGCAAUCUUGAAGCUGAUCUUCUUAGGGCUGUUACGUGAUAAGGUGAAUGGGAUUGAUUUCCCCUCAAACUUAAUGUCUAGGACUUAAUGCUGUUCUGUCUGUAAGACAAUCAUUCCCUGUUCCUAAAACAUGCACAGAAAUCCAAUUCUUCCCUCCCAGCAAUAUUCAGCUGUGGGUAGAAACAAACACCUUUCUCCUGUUGUGAAUGUGAUGGUGUACAGCCACAAAUGUUUGUGACUUAUUGGCCACUCAUCUCCAGUUCAAGCUUUUUAGUGAUGCUAUUUUGUAAGAAACUUAAUGGCAAUAAGACAUCUACUGUGAAGACUAGAAUCCUGCAAAGAACAUCUACACGUGGCAGCUGUUCUUGUGUUGCUUUCUUAAAAUAAUGGACUAACAAUUUGCUAAAAACUUCCAGUGUUAUUCCAGAACAUGUUCAGCAUGGACAGUAGCAAUACUAUGUUUCCCUUGACACUGCCUCCGAGAGAACUACUAGGGAGAGAUUUUCUGGAGGAUGGAAGAAGCAGACUUGGCCUGCUUGGCCAGUUUUGUUCUGGGCUUCCAGGACACCCUGCUGUUUCACAGCUUUGUAUAGUUGAGAGCCUACCAGCAGGAGUUGAAAGGAGGACAGGAGCUCAAGCCACAGGUGACUGAAGAACUACUUGUUGUGGUCACUUAAACAAACCAGCAACCCAUAGGGGAGAGACAUUCUUUAAGCUGGAUUGCCCAAGCCUUCCAGCCCUUUCUGAGUCAUUGAGCUUUCCCAUUGCUUUUUCUAAGCCAUAGAAACUGAUACAGAUCACUUACCUCUUCAGGGAAACUCCCAUGUAUGUGCUUUUUUUUUUUUUUUUUUUUUUUGGUCUGAUUCUGCUUAGCUGAAGGUGUUGGCCCUGCAGUGCUUGGACUGUCUUGAUUUAAGGGAGCAGGUAUUUUUUGCAGCCAUGACUGAGGUGGAGGCUUUAUUUUGUUCUAGCAUCAAUCUUCAUUUGGGCCUUGCAAGAACAAGCUGUCAUCUGAUAAAAUGUCAGCCUACUUUGGAAUCUGAAGUAAAGAGCCUGUCACAACCCCCUAGCAGGGCUGAGUGGUACAGAAUACGUGCUCAGCACUCACUUGUGGAAUUAAAAUUUCUUGUUUCA